GUAUCGUGUCGUCCGUCGUAGACGAUUCUACUUUACCUGUAUCAUCUUUCUUUUCUUGGUUUAAAUAUAUAUAUAUAUAUAUAUAUAUAUAUAUAUAUAUAUAUAAACGUGUUGUGAUUAUCUUCUCGUGUGGAGAUUUACUCCAAUUAAAGGAAAAAAAUCUCAAAGAGAUAAGAGAAAAAAAAACAGUCCUCUCCUUUCAUAAACUCGUGUUCCAUUAUAUCUAUACACUCGUUUUGAUGAGGCACCUGCGUACCACAAGAGUAUAUUGGAGCAAUAGAGUAAUCGAAUUUGAUGGGAUCAUCCACCAGUGGAUUUGGUGAAUGAUGAUUUUUAUUCGAUUUUGAAAAUAAGGGAAUGUUCUAUUUCAAGGAGAACCGAAUUGUACAAGAUUGGAGUCGCAUGAAUUACAGGUCAGAAAUGCGAGGAAAAAAUUUAACUGUUGCAUAUUAACUUUGGUUUGGUAUUUUGUAGGAUAUUUUACAAUAAUGAAAAAAGUAUAGUUAAAGUUCUCUUUUGCGAUGAUUGCUCACUUCACACAACUUCAAUGGUGUCAGAAGCUUGGCUGGUCGACCGAGAUGCAGUUACUCAGACGAAACGAGCAUUUGUAGCGCCGACAGGACCAUCGUGAGAGAGUUUCUCGACUUUAUAUAUGCGGUGAGAUAGAAAGAGAGAUAGAGAGAGAGAAAGGAGAAUCGAGAAUGGCCAAGGAUAGAAGUGUGGUACUUAUGAUCGUGAUCUUGACAAUUGUGACUUUACAGUGGGUCACUGGUGUCAAGGUCGUCGAAACACGAAGAUCACUCAAUCUUACGACAUACGACAACGAGCUCAUUCACACGAACGAGGUGACCGAUUGGAAUGAAACGAAAAUUAAUGAAAAAAAUUAUCAAAAUGAUCUCGAUCAUAAUUAUCCAGGGAAACCAACAAAAUUUGACAUUGACAUCACACAAUUGACGCUUACUGAUGAUAAAAAUUUACAUCAUUCUGAAUCGCAACGAUUGUCAACGUUAAAUACAACAAGAAAAAUACCAGUGAAUCGUAAAAAAAAAUCCGUGACUUGUGAUAGUUAUUUUAAUGUGACAUGUUUACAGGCAAAAUUUGAAGAUUUCAUUGAUACAAUAUCGACGGCCAAUGAAUAUAAUGUUACUGAUUUGGUGCAAAUUGUCAAAAGUGAAAAUAUCACGAAUCAACAUAAUAAUGCCACGGGUCAACAGAACGGACUUUCUUUGAUUGAAAAAGUUCAACUUUUUGCAAAAAAUCAUGUUCUUAAAAUACACAUACCCGGUGAUCUUAUCUCGGCGAGAAAGUCGAGGACGUUCUUCGGCUCUGUUUUUGAGGGAAAGAGUACGUUUUUAACAGGCUUCGGACUUGGUUUUUUAGCAUUUGGUCUCAAGAAACUUCUUUUGCCGUUGAUUCUUGGCGCGCAAAUUGUCAAGAGCAUUCUCAUUGCCCUGUUCCUGCCGAGUAUCAUUGGAAGCAUUGGUAAAAUUGUUGGCAAAGGAGUUUCGUCGUUUGCCCAAUCGUCGCAGAGCAUUAAUCCUCAGCAGGAGGAGAAUUUUGAAUUUAAGGAGAAUCUCGAGGGUUAUGGGGAUGAUUAUAUGAAUCGACAACCCGUGGGAACACUACCAGCAUCCGCCAUGUAUGAAGAGGGCAUGUUACAGACGCAAAAAACACCGGAAAUAGCGUCCCGUUAUUCAUACGUUGAUCCAAGAUUUCCUCAUAUGAAUACAUUUUCGGAUCGUUAUUACUCGAGGCACACAGCAAACAAUGGAUACUCGUCAAAAAAGCAAGACUUCAAGAUUUUCCAUGAGAUUCCAACAAGUUCGUCGCUGCUGAAAACUUACGAUCCUUUCUACUCGCCAUUGUUAUCGCGAUUGGACGCGGUCUUCUACAGAUUGGGUUACAAAACAGAAGGAUGUCGAGAAUUUGUCGUUUGCGCCAUAUACAGAAGUCCAGCACGAUUUGCUCCAUAUUCAAACCUAGUCUCUGCUCAAUUAUCCAGGGAGUUGAAUGAAUUACGAAAACCCACAUCCGAUAAUCCUGAAGUCCUACGAUUUUUCCAUUACAUGAAAGCCGCAAAGGAUGGACAAGAUGGUGUUAAUUGUGAAGAUUAUUAUUCAAAUUGUGAAAUUCCCCGUGACGAUAGUACAAGACAAAAUCAGGCAAUGCUGGCCACCUAUCAGGAUAUUGAUAAAUUAGUGCAUGCGCGAAAAUUUUAAAUUUAUAGUAUUUUGAAAAUUAUUUUUGAAAAAUUUCUCGAAUUUCAAAAAGAAAAAGAAAAAAAAAAACUUUGUGACAAAUUCGUAUUGUUCGAAUGAAGAAUUAUUUAAUUUAUUGACUUUUGAAAAGUGUAAAAAUAAAAAACUAUUUUAGAGUUUUUAAGUGAAAGUUUUGAAAAAUGAGGGGUCAGUGAUUUUAAAGAAUUUCAAGAAAAAUUCUAAAAAAGUAGAAAAUAAAGAAAUUGAAAAGAAAAAAUCAUUUCAAUACAAUUAGAAAAAGAAAGAAAGAAUUCUGAUAAAGAAUUAACAAAAAAGGAACUUGAAAGAAUUAUGAAAAUAAAUAGUUGAGAUUAUAAUAAUUUUUAUUGAUAAUGAUUGAUAUGAUUUAAUUAUAAAAAAUACUUGUAAAGAAAUUAUAAAAUUACAAGACAAGUUUAUUUAAUGCUCAAGUGCUCCGCACAAAGCAAAAUAGUGUUAAUGCCAAAUACAAAUAUUAAGAAAAAAUUCCAAUUUCUAAGUGAAAAAUAUUUUUAUAACUUUUUUUAUAACUUCUUUAUAAUUAACUAAUUAAUUGAUAAUUAAUUAAUUAUAAAAUACAAUAAUUUUUGUAGAAUUGAAAUUAGGGUGUGGAGCACCUUAAUAUAUCGAUCUUUGAAAGAGCUGCGAAUAUUAGAAUUAAGAAUAUUUAUUUAAACGAAAUUCGUCUAUUUAUUUUACCAUUAUGUUUAGAUAUAUGAAAUUAGAUAUUUUUUAAUUAGAUCACAUUUUACAUUGAAAAAAAAAAUUUAUUUCAAUCAACCAAUCAAUUACUUGACUUUCAAAUAAAUAUUUAUUUCUAUUGAACAUUUUUCAUGUGAGUCAAUUUGUUUCAAAUAGAAAAAUUAAUGGUACAAUUACAGUUUAUUUGAUUUAAAUAAAAAUUAUUUGAUUCAAGUAAAUAUUUAUUUGAUAAUAAUUGAUUAUUUAAAUCAAAUAAAUUUUUCUUUUCAUUCUUCAAUUUAUUCUCUGAAUCGAAGAGAUUUGUAAUUUUAUAUUUAUUUUACGUGAAUUGUAUUAUAUAUUUUUGUGUAUACCAUAUUAUGUGAAUGAUUUUAGUUCUUAGAGAAUUUUUCUUCUUUGAGAACAACAAUGGUUUAUAAUUAAUUGUGAUUGAUGUCGUGAUGGAACUUAUUGAUAAUAAUUUAUUUUGUAAAUGGCAGUUAUCAAAAAUACAGAAGUGACACAUAUAGUGAACUUUUUUUCUGCAUUUAAAAAUUCUGUGUCUUUUUAGGAAAAAGAAAUUGAGGAGUAAAGAAAUGAAAAUUAUUUAAUUAAGAAAAAAUACGUGAAAAUUGUUUCUUAUUAUUGAAGAAAUUUCUUCGUUAAUAUUAUAAAUUACAAUUUACGUAAAGCAAUAUUUUUUUUGUACCAUAAGACGAGGUUAUUUUGCUCAUUGCGUGUAAAUUCGCUCACCAAGUUGUCUGCUUCAUGACAAAUUUAAAAUAAAAUUUGAUACUCUUAUUACCCAGUUAAAAUGUUGAAUUUCUUCAUAGAAGUAUCAAAAAUUAGUUUAAAAAUAAUUUAAAGCAGAUAACUUGGUGAGCGAAUUUACCCGCAAUGAGCGAAAUAACCCCAUCUUAUGGUACUUCAUUAUAAUAAUCGUAUAAAUAUUAUUUUGUAAUUAUUUAUCGAUUUAAUUAUUAUCAAAAUAGUUAAAUUUUUCGUAGUUUUGAAAAUAAAUUUGUUGACAUUAUUUCUUGAAAAUA